AUGAGUUCAAUGCGUAGCGAUACCAUAUGUGAUAUAUUAGGUCCAUAUGAUGAACUUAACGAACGGCAGCUACCAACCAUAGGGGAUGUCAUCAAAUUUAUUUUAUUUGUUAAGAAUGACCUGAAACUAAAAUGUAAUGGCAAGGAUCUAUCUAAAAAAAUUCAAAAUAUCUGGAUAAAAGCUUCCAUUCCAAUCGUAUCUAAUGAUCGAGUUUUACAACUCUUAAAAUCUUAUUUUGAAAAAUAUCUCACUUUGAAAAGAUAUCCCAAGAGCAAAAGACAUGAUAGUUUUGAGAAAAAACUGAAAUGUUUUUCAGAUUUAUCAAAGAGGCUUUUUGAUGUGGCUUCAUGUAAAUGUGUCUUAUUUGAAGCAUGUGUAUGUUUGAAAAAUAAAAAAGUUCCUGUUAACGAAAGACAAUUUUUGAUCGAUCAAAGAAAUGAGAGAAAAAUGGCUAUAGGUGGCAUCGAUAAACAAGAAACGGUCAGAUUGAGGAAACGACAGGCAAGACAAUUUGAACGUUCAAUGAAAGGAGUCAAAAAGUUUUGCUCAACACAAGGUUCUAAUAUUGUUUCAACAGCUUUGGAGGAAGACGAGACGCAUAUCAAUUUUUCCAAAACCAACCUGGCAACAGAAACACUUCUGACAAACCUGUCAUUUACAAAUACACCAACAACAUCAUUCGCUAAUCGAAAUUUACUGCAGUUACCAACAUUGGCAAAAGUUUGUGAUAGAUAUCGAUUGUCUACACGAUCUGCUGCUGCUGUUGCUUCUGCCGUUUUAGUUGACGUAGAUGGCUGCACUUCAGGUCCUAGAGAAUAUCCAGAGCCUAUUGAAAAACAAUUAGCUACUUGCGAAAAUAAAACUACGUUGCUUUUUCAACCACUGACCGGUCAUUUGCCUGAUUUAACGAAAAAUGUAGUUAAUGAACUGAGUAUAGAUCAAAAAUAUCUCUAUGAAAUAUGUCAAGCAGUAUUAACUGGUUCCUGUAGUCCUGAGCUCGCAAACCGUCAACCUGGAAAUCUAUCUCAUUCAAGAUGGCUUACUUGUGCCAACCGUUUACUUAGACUAUAUGUAAGUACUCCUGAUCCAUCAGAAAGUUUGCAAAUACUUGUCGAAUAUGUAGUUAAAGUAUAUGCUCCUAUUUGGUUUUCAAUUAAACAAAAAACAUCUUUUAAAGAUGGAGCUAAGCAUAUUUUUAAUUUAAUUUUAUUUUCUCGAUAUUUACCAACAAAUCUAAGAACAAUUGUAAUUGAGAGAAAUGCUUUUUAUGCACAUCCAGAAAACCUUCUUGUUAGUAUGUUAUUUGACGACAGAGACUAUAUUCGGGAACUAGCAUGUCGAAGAAUAAUAAAAGCUAGAAAUACUGACAAUGGUUUCAAACAGAAAAUAUUUAAAACACCGAAGCUUAACUUCUCUGCUAAAGAUUAUACUGAAAUUAUUUCGUGGCAGGAGUGUCAAGUUACAGUAACACCUGUGCUUCGGGAUGUUACUAAUGACGAACUCAAAAAGAUGGCAAAAGAUGGAAGCCUUAAAAUUGUUGAUUUUCCUUGCCACACACAAUCAGUAGAGAGAUGUGUUAAACUGGUAACAGAAGCAUCACAGAGUGUGACUAAUGUUAAUUCGAGAGAUGGUUUCGUAAGAACCACGUUACAAAGUCGAGCUGAAUUUCCAAUUUUCGGACAUAAAAAUAUAUUCAAAUUUUAA